AUGGCUAGCAUUGGCUACGCGGCGUGGAUGUCUCGUGUAUGGGCUGCAAACGGGAUUGCAAACACGGAAGUCUUAACCUCUCUGGGAUAGCGGGACGCUACGUUAGCUAAGUCAUUUACAUUUAACUGACAUUCAAGCAUUUCUUGGCUAACUAUUUAACUAACGUUAAUUGUUUCCAAGUAUGUUACAGUAACGUGUAACGUAGUUAAUCUGCACUCGCUGGCUUGUUUAGCAAUGCAUUGGAAGCUAAUUAAGUAGCAGACCGUAAGAAUUUAGCCAGAAAAAAAUAUCGUUGUGCACAAAAGCACAUGUAACGUUAACUACAAUGGCGACCGAUCAGAUGACCGAUCAUGUAAAUGGGAAUGGUACAGAGGAACCAAUAGACAUAACUGAAGUGGACACAACUACAGCUGAAGUUAUCCAUUCAGACAAUUUCCAGACUUUAUUAGAUGCUGGUUUACCACAGAAAGUUGCAGAAAAACUAGAUGCAAUUUACACAUCAGGCCUGGUAGCGCACAGUGACCUAGAUGAAAGGGCUAUUGAAGCAUUGAAAGAAUUUAACGAAGAAGGUGCUCUACAAGUCCUGCUUGAUUUUAAGGAAAGUGAUCUGUCGCACGUGCAAAACAAAAGUGCCUUCCUCUGUGGAGUAAUGAAGACUUAUAGACAGAGGGAGAAGCAUGGGACCAAAGUUUCAGAUCCCACGAAAGGACCAGAUGAGGCGAAAAUAAAAGCUCUGCUUGAUAGAACCAUCUAUACACUUGAUGUGACAACGGGUCAGCGGAAGUAUGGAGGCCCCCCCCCUGAGUCUGUGUAUUCAGGUGCUCAACCCACUAUUGGAACAGAGAUAUUUGUUGGGAAAAUUCCUCGAGACUUGUUUGAGGAUGAGCUGGUUCCCCUCUUUGAGAAGGCGGGACCUAUCUGGGAUCUACGUCUAAUGAUGGACCCCCUGAGUGGCUUGAACAGGGGCUACGCUUUUGUUACCUUCUGCACUAAAGAGGCUGCCUCGGAGACUGUAAACCUGUGUAAUAAUCAUGAAAUACGCCCCGGCAAACACAUUGGAGUGUGUAUAUCUGUUGCCAAUAACCGGCUGUUCGUCGGCUCCAUCCCCAAGAGUAAAACGAAAGAACAGAUUGUGGAGGAGUUUGCUAAAGUCACAGAGGGUCUUAAUGAUGUCAUACUGUACCAUCAGCCAGAUGACAAAAAGAAGAACAGAGGUUUUUGCUUUUUGGAAUACGAGGACCAUAAAACUGCUGCUCAGGCCAGACGCAGGCUAAUGAGUGGCAAGGUGAAAGUGUGGGGGAACAUGGUUACUGUGGAAUGGGCAGACCCCAUCGAGGACCCAGAUCCAGAGGUUAUGGCCAAGGUCAAAGUUUUGUUUGUCCGAAACCUUGCGAACAGUGUUACGGAAGAAAUACUUGAAAAAUCCUUCGGCCAGUUUGGGAAACUGGAGCGAGUGAAAAAGCUGAAAGAUUACGCCUUCGUUCACUUUGAUGAGAGGGACGCUGCAGUCAAGGCUUUGGCUCAAAUGAAUGGCAAAGUUCUGGAAGGAGAGCACAUUGACAUAGUCUUUGCAAAGCCCCCCGAUCAGAAGAGGAAGGAACGCAAAGCUCAGAGACAAGCAGCCAAAACAAACAUGUAUGAUGAUGAUGAUUAUUAUUACAACUACGGCCCCCCUCAGUUGCCCCCUCCCACAAGAGGCGGCCGAGGUAGGGGAGGUUAUUCUUACCCACCCGACUAUUAUGGCUACGAUGAUUACUACGAUUAUUAUGGAUAUGAUUACCCCAACUACCGCGAGGGAUACGACUACGACUACUACGGCUAUGAUGACUUUCAGGCUCCCGCUAGAGGAAGAGGGGGCAGAGGUGCACGGGGGGCAUCCCCAGCCAGAGGAAGGCCAGGCGCUCCCAGGGGCAGAGGUGGCUUUUCCCCGCGUGGUGGUCCAGGAUCAAGCAGAGGAGGUGUGCAACAGAGAGGCCGCGGCGGGGUACGUGGUGCGAGGGGUGACCGCGGUGGAAAUGUAGGAGGAAAGCGCAAAGCUGAUGGGUACAACCAGCCAGAUUCCAAGCGGCGCCAAACCAAUAAUCAGAACUGGGGCUCUCAACCCAUUGCUCAGCAACCGCUCCAAGGUGGUGAUCGUUCUGGUAACUAUGGUUACAAAUCUGACGACCAGGAGUUUUAUCAGGAUUAUUUUGGGCAACAGUGGAAGUAGAACAUUAGGGCUUUAAUUCCAAAUCCUUUUUUAGAGACUUGAUCUGAUUGGCCCUAAAUCCAUAUAUUUGCCUCACUUUUUUCCCAAUUUGGUGACAUCUGGCAAGAUUUAUUUUGUAUAUAUUUUAAUAAUCCGCUUGGAUUUGAACAGUAGUCACACUUCCAAUUGUUUUUGGCUAACUGUUUUUUAUUCUUUCAAAGUUGAUUAAUGCGAUUUCCAUAAUCAGGUUUAAACAUUUUAAAAUGUGCAAUCAUGUGAUCCAGCUGUUUUUAUUUGGCUGUAGUUUUAUGUAUGUUUUUAGUGAUUCCAUGUUUUAAGUAGCUAACAGCAACUAAACUAAUGUCUCCUAAACAUGUACCUAUUUAAAACAAAUGAAACCACAAUUUGUAUGUUACAGAAGAUAAUGCUAGGAAAUGGCGUGUCUUGUAAAAAAAAAAAAAAAGAAGAAAAAAAAGACUAGUCCUAUUUAUCGGGCUUUACAUUUUGGCUUGUAUUUUUUUGCUAUUUGUCUGCUUUAAUAAACAUACACGCAGAAGUGUACAAAACCUCAAAUUGUGUUUCAAAUUCAUGUUUUGGAAAAUUCUCUUCAAAUUACCUUCAAAUUUAAGGCUCCUUGUGGAAGAAAAUAACUAAAGGUUUGCCUAUGUUUGCCACGUGCAGCAACUUCACUUUUGCAUUCCAUAAAAAAAAUGUAUUACUUAUUUCAGUAGUCGGCUUAUUCCACAAUUUAAGUGUUACGUAUGUGUAGAGACGUUCUCCAUUUGAGUUAAGUUUUUUGAUUCGAGACCGUAUCUCAAAAAUUCUCGAUUUAGAUUUCACAAUUUCGUAGCCCAAAUUAAAUGGAUUCCCGUUUUAAAGAAAUGUCAUAAAGUGGAGUCUUUCUCUGAUGGCCAGUUCAAAUAUAUCCCUUUGGCUAUUAAAAAAAUAGUCUGUGAAGAUGUUGUUGUACCCGAAGGCUCUAUCUCAAAUUGAGCAACGAUGGGAAUAAUUGUCAUGCAUGAACUGUCUGUACAUAGUGCUUGUAGUUUGGACAUAACCCCCAAUCUUUCCAUAUCCCAACCGCUUGACUGGUCACCUUUAAAAUAACACAGCAAGGCCACUGUUCUGCUCUACCUUUUCCUGACGGCAUAGCCUUGUUGCAUGUGAAGCUGAAGGGUGUAGACGUCUUGGUGAAUGACUAGAACCCUUUGCUUUUUCCUUACUCAAGUUAAUUUGUUUGUCUUUAAUGUGCAUUGGACUGUGUUCUGUAGUUACUUGUGGGUAGCUAGCUGGAUGUUAUGUGGUCAUCUGUUGUGAUCUAUCUUCUAAUUGCGUCCUUUUGUUACCUGACUAGCAGGGAAAAGUGGUCGAGGCCGGUCCUGACCUGUUACUAUGAAGACUGACCUGCUAUGUGGGGUUAUACUGGAAGCUGCCAAUUGAAGUGAUGGUAAGGUCAACUCAAUGGUCCAAUGAUAUUCCAACUUUACAGGAGCAUAUCUGCCAGAUUAGAAGAUAAUCAAAAGGGCAAACUCAAGACACUUGUUGCUUGGACUUUUUAGGCCGUUGCUGCAAAUAGGGUUUUCACACCUCUGAAAACCUCUCAAAGCUAAGGAUCGGGAUCAUAUUCUGCACAUAUUAUUUUACACGUGCAUGUUCUUUUACGCACACUUUGUAGCUGCUGCUCACACUCCCCUCACGUUUCUCUUUUUACUCACCCUCUUUUGGGCCAUGCUGAUGUAGCCUAUGUCGUUCUCAUAUUUCUGAACAGCUGAAAUAACCCCAAAGUGAUUUGAUCUAACGUUCCCCAAAAUAUAUUAUGAAGGCUGUACAACCAUUGUCCGUUGUAACGGAUAUUGCAGUUGCACAAGCAGGACACAGUCCUUACACAUUCAUUCCAUUGGAGAAAAAACAGUCAGGUUUUUGUGUGAAGUAGGCUAAUGCUUUAUAGUCAUAUCGUAGCCACUAGCCAGAGUUCCCGGGGGAAAAAGAACACUACUACUUUGUCUGCCUGUCUGCCUCCUGCUUAGCCAAUGCUUGUAAUGAUGAGAAAAUAACAUUAAAUCGCUAACUAGA